GCAUCAGCACAAUGGAAGAAGACAUGGAUGAGGGGCAGACCCAGAAAGGGUGCCUUGAAUGCUGCAUCAAAUGCCUGGGUGGGAUUCCAUACCCAUCCCUCAUAGCCACCAUCUUGUUGUACGCGGGCGUGGCUCUGUUCUGCGGCUGCGGACAUGAGGCGCUGUCCGGCACUGUCAUCAUCCUCCAGAACUACUUCGAGGUGAUGCGGAGCCCUGUGGACGCACUGGAUGUAUUCACCAUGAUUGACAUAAUCAAGUAUGUGAUCUACGGCAUUGCUUCGGCUUUCUUCGUCUAUGGCAUCCUGCUGAUGGUGGAGGGCUUCUUCACCAGCGGAGCCAUUAAAGACCUGUACGGUGACUUCAAGAUCACCACCUGCGGACGCUGCGUCAGCGCUUGGUUCAUCAUGCUGACAUACAUCUUCAUGCUGGCUUGGCUCGGAGUGACGGCUUUCACCUCCCUCCCGGUCUUCAUAUAUUUCAACAUCUGGAAUAUUUGCCAAAACGCUACCGUGCUGGAGGGGGCCACGCUCUGCCUGGAUCCACGCCAGUACGGUAUUGUGCCAAUCGCUGAGGCGAAAACGGUCUGUGCUGGUUCAGAGAAAUUCUACAAGAUGUGUGAAUCUACUGAGCUCGACAUGACAUUCCACCUGUUCAUCUGUGCCCUGGCUGGAGCAGGAGCUGCUGUUAUUGCUAUGAUCCACUACCUGAUGGUGCUGUCAGCCAACUGGGCCUACGUGAAGGACGCCUGCCGGAUGCAGAAGUAUGAGGACAUUAAGUCGAAGGAGGAGCAGGAGCUUCACGACAUCCACUCCACUCGCUCCAAGGAGCGUCUCAACGCCUACACAUAA